GGAGUGGCGUUCUAGACUCUGGCGCCUACCUGCGGGCUGGGAUUUCUGGCCCCCGUGCUUCCCCCGCCGCCUGAGGGCGUCCUUCCUUCUCAGGAGUCCUAGGUUUGUGCAGCUGCUGCUUGCUCUCUGUUCGCUCAGGCCCUUGGUCCCCUCAGGCAGCGCAUGCUCUCAGGUGCUGUGGCUUGGGGUUCCUAGUCGCGCCCUUUGCGGAGGGACAAGAGCAAAGAUGGAUAUCCAGUCAUGGUACUUGAAAACUUCAAAGCUGGCACUGGCAUUGGCAAUUAUCCACUCAAAACCAGCAGACAGAAGCAGCAGAGAAUAUACAGAGCACUUGGCCACCUUGGUGACCCAGCAGCAGUCCAAAUGGAAAUCAAAAGUUGAAGCCUUAGAGGCAGAAGUCCUACAGUUACGUCAAAAACUUUUCCUGAGUCGGAUUUCUUCAGGAUUGCUUAAGAAUGGACACGAUGUGCUCCCCACGUUGUCAGAUCAGGAACCUACAAGUUCUGAAAAUACAUUGACUUUGAUGGAUGACUCUGGAUGUGUUUUAUCAAAUGAGCAAAGAAGUGAACCUGCAGAAUUAUCCCAGAAUUUUGUGGAGAGCACCAAUCCCCCAUUCCUCCCUCUGCCUCUUGAGAAAAAGCCAUGUGCCACCCUGGACAGACCCCUGUCUUCUCACAUGCAGUUCUUUCAGCAUCUGCUAGAACUGAAGAAAUGGACAGAAUCCAGUAAUCUCAAAGUAUUCUUAACCCUCUUUGAAAAAGACUCUUCCACAGUUUCCGAUUCAGUUUCACAGUUGUUGGAUGGCCUGAUCACGUUUUACCAGAACCCCAAAAUCCCCUUCUCAAACUUUUGGACAGAGGCUGUUGGUACAUUAGCCAGACUGGCGAGUGAUUUUAAUUUUUCAAAUCAUAUUUUUAAAAGAUGUUCUCAGAAGUUGGAAGAAUUUGAAAAGACUCUCCUCCAGGCUAUUUUAGGGAACAACAGUAUAAACCGGUUCCAGGUGCAGCAUUAUGUCUCUCAGAGCUUAGUAACCCUAGGAAGUUGCAGCUUGUUGAGGAAGUCUAUUAUAUCGCUGCUACUAUCAGAAGUGAACAGCUUUGUGGAUGACCUGGGAGCCAUCGAUCAGGAUCAAGGCAUUUAUGAUGUGACACGCUAUGAAAAUAUUUUCUCCCUGUUUUGGAUUCUGGAACAACUUCUUCAACAGGAAAACCAGGGAGAUUCCACUCUACACAUGGAUCCCAGCAGCCCGGAAGUUCAGACAUUUCUUCAGAAGCAUGAUGAAACCAUUUUCCGGCUUUCUGACGCAUUUCCUUUAUUUUCGUUUUACUUAUGGAGACUAGGGGUUCUCUUGAACUCAGCAGAGAUGGAAACUGUUAAGAAUGAAUCGUUGCCUUAGCAAUUUUCUGUAUAUCAGAAAAUGGUGUGCUUCAGUAUUUUUCAAAAAAAAAAAAGUUUUUAAAUGAGUAUUUUAAAUUGAUUGACCAGCCUAAUCAUUAAUUCAAUUUAGAGAUAAGUCUUCUGUAUCAGAGAUGAUGAAGCGCUGUUCUAUAUUACAAUCAAGCAAUUUCCGUUGACAAUGCUCCCUUAUGUUCAUAUAUUAUAUCUUAUUUCACUCAAUAGCUUAGCUCUAUUCUUUAACAUGGUACAUCUCAUAAAAUACAAUAAAUUGUCAAAGAUUUUCAUCUGAUGUAAAUUUCAUUACAAAUUGUAAUGAAAUAAAGCUUAAACUUCUGUCAUUUAACACACUUAAAUACAAGGUUUAAGUAAAUGGUAAAAAAUAAAAUUUAU